UAUUUCCCUGUUAACGGAAGAAAUUCAUUUCAAGCCAUUAUCUUUCUCUCUCUAAACACACAUCCUUUCCGCAAGCUAUCCACUCGGGUUUGCUUUAGAUUGGCUUCGGACUGUGAGUAUCGCGGCGACGAUGCUGGUUUGGCUGCCUCACCACCAGCAGCUCUUGUCCUCCCUCUCAGACUCUCUCUACCUCCGGUGCCGCCGUAAUUGCAACACCAGAACGACCAAGCUUCUGUAUUACUUGGUCCCCGACACCAGUCUAGACCGCAAGCCCUCCUUGGUUGUCUUCUCUUCCUCAGUUCUCCCCUCUCCCCAUCAGACGCCCCAGGUUUCCGAGUUCGAGUUCAAGUCCGAGUCCCACGACGAUAACAGCCAACAGAUUCUCCGAAAGCACAACGCCAGGACCACAGCUCUCCUUCUCCGCCACUUAUCUCAACAACAACCAGAAGAAUCAACGACGACAGAGGAGGAGGAAGAAGAAGAAGAAGCACUUAGGAUACCAGAACCAUGGAAACAAGAAGAAGAAGAAGAAGAAAUGACGGAGGAAGAGAAAGUAAAGCUGUUGGAGAUGUCCCUUGUCAAAAGAAGAUCCCCUCAAUUUGCCGGCUCCAUCUACUUGCAGUCCCAUGUAAGUCCCGAAGGCCGAAAUUCUCCUCCUCCUCUGCAUCGUCUCUUCCAAGGAGGACCUGCAGACAUCGACGACGAUAAGAUGUUGAUGCGGGCACUUGAAAUUCGCCGUAAGGUCACUGCCGAGAUCUUCAAGGAAGCCAUGCGUGCUGGUAAGUUCCGGAUUACUUUCUCCACCAAUUUAGUGUCUAGGUUACCCGACUUCAUCGACCACAUCAUGAUCGAAGCUGCCUCUUUGAAGCGCUUACACGAAUUCUCACACUCCACCUUCAACAUUCGCGCCAAGACUGUUAUAGAGAGUUCCAAUGUCAUCCCUCUCAUCAGGUGGUUGAAGCACAAUUCUUUGACGUAUCCCCAAAUUGGGAAGCUCAUUUGUAUGAGUUGUGAAAAUCCUGAGUUGAUAAGGCAGAAGAUAGGGUGGUUGAAGACUAUUCAUGUGAAGGGAGAAUUUCUUGGCCUAAUGCUUGUAAAGGCAGGAGGAGGUAUUUUGCAGCGCAGCAUCCAAGAGUUGGAUGAGAUUGUUAGUUAUCUAGAGAGCAAUGGAGUCAGGAGGGAGUGGAUUGGGUUCGUUGUUAGCCGCUGUCCUCCACUGUUGGGUUACACCAUAGAAGAAGUGAGAUUGCGUGUGAAUUUCUACUUGGACAUGGGUAUGAAUGAGAAGGAUUUUGGCACCAUGGUCUUUGAUUGUCCCAAGGCACUUGGCUUCUUUACUCUGGAAGAGAUGAGGUCUAAGGUUCAGUACCUUAAGGAGUUUGGCUUUAGUAAUGAAGAUGUUGGACGAUUGUUGGCGUUCAAGCCACAUUUGAUGGCUUGCAGCAUUGAAGAAAGAUGGAAGCCUCUUGUAAAGUACUUGCAUUACCUUGGGGUUCGCAAAGAUGGCAUGAGGAGAAUUCUUAUCUUGAAACCAAUUGUUUUUUGUGUUGAUUUGGAAACAACAAUUGCACCAAAGGUACAAUUUUUACAGGACAUAGGCAUUCGUGAAGAAGCAAUUGGCGAUAUGCUUGUCAAGUUCCCUCCUUUAUUAACGUAUAACCUCUACAAGAAAAUUCGCCCAGUGGUUAUCUUCUUGAUUACAAAAGCUGGAAUUGCCAAGAGAGAUAUUGGAAAAGUGAUAGCUUUGGGACCAGAACUCUUGGGGUGCAGUAUUGUUAAUAAGCUUGAGAUUAAUGUGAAAUACUUCCUUUCACUAGGCAUCCCUCUCCGUUUGCUAGGUGAGAUGAUUGCCGAUUUUCCCAUGUUGCUAAGAUACAAUUUGGAUGUCCUCCGGCCAAAGUACCGUUAUUUGAGAAGGACUAUGGUCAGGCCAUUGCAGGACCUUAUUGACUUUCCAAGGUUCUUCAGUUACUCUCUUGACGAUAGAAUAAUUCCAAGGCAUAAGGUUCUGGUGGAAAACCAGAUAAACUUCAAACUGCGUUAUAUGUUAGCAAGCUCUGAUGAAGAGUUCAGUCAGAGAGUUGAGGCUGCAGUGGAGAGGCAUCAAAAGUUUGAAUCUAGUGUGAGCAAUCAUCCUCUUACAGAUUUUCAUGCAGCUGACGGUUCCCCUGAGUGAAGGCGAUCAUCAAGGGAGGAGUGUCUAGCUGUGGUGAUGGAUGAAAUAAUUCAUUUUGUGGAGGUGGUUGUUUGAAGCUGCCAAAUUGUUCAGCAGGUAAAGUAUCAUGCUUGUUAUAACCAAGACCGGGAUCGAAUCCCACCUUUGCCAUGUGCCUGAAGUGCACCACCUUGGCAUGAUAUGCACCCCCCAUCCCUCUUUCCUGUCCCUCUAUCUUGUACCCUCAAAGAUGAUGUACACAGAUAGCAAUUUCAUCCAAUGGGCGAAAGGGGUGGGCGAACACACAGUGACAGUUCAAAAGUUGGUUGAUCAGAAAUCCUGCAUUCUCAAGCCCCAUCUUUGUAAACCAAAUGUAAAUCUCAAACAGUAUAGGCUUGAUUUUAAGCUAAUGCAAAGUGCAGGUUCAUCACA